GAUAUGAAACCCAAUAUUAGUGGAAGGCCUUUAACUACAUCUGAAGGAAAACUGCUACAAAUAUGGUAAAAUAACAAAAAAUGUCAAUAAGUUUAAAGUCUUGUAUAUUGGCAAACAGUACAUUCUAGUUAAUAAUCGUGUUCUGUGAUAGAGUAUAAACACAUAACUGAAUAGGACUGACCCAACCUUUAAAUUACAUGGACACAAGAGAAGGACCAAGACACUGCUGUUAGAGAUGUACUGUAUGUAGCAGCUGAGUGCAUGAAAGACGUCCUACAAGUUGGUUUCUUUGGUUUUUCUAUGCACUUAUGUACAUCAUAAUUUAUACACUUGAACCAUAUGAUUAGAUAAAGAAAAACACUCAAGUCGUCUGCAUAUGUAGGAGCUACUGAGAAAUUCAAUUGGGCAACAACACUGUAAGCGACAAGGAUCGUUGUCGCUUACAGUCCAUAGUACGCUGGGCUUCUUGUUGUGGACAUAUAGAAAAAGGCAAGGCAUUUAAGUCUAACUCCCUAAAGUAAACAUGGGGAAAAUUCCAGGGUUUCACGCACUUUUACUGAUGCACUGAUUCCAGAAUAUGAAGGGAGGUGGUACCAUAUUUGCUGAAGUUGCUGUUAUAUUUUCCUCAAAAGCAAACCCAUUCUUCAAGAGGAGCACAUCAACAAUAGCUGGAAAUCACUCAUUGAUCAUUUCCUCUGACGCCAUCUAAACAAAGAAAUUGCUCUGUUUAUAUGGUUUAAUAGCAAUACCCUGAAUCUUUUUCCGAUCCGCUAUGGAGUAUGUUUGGUUUAGGCACUUAUGGGCUUCCACACACGAUUAUUCACAUGUCUAACAAUCCAAACAUUUUUAGCUCUUCUCUGAUAUAUUUAGACUGUUUGAUUAGACUUGUUUAGACUGUUAAUGCACAUCUGAUGAAUGCACUGUGGCCUCAGUUAACUAAAAGCAAAUGUUUAACUAGGCUUGCUUUCCUCACAGACCUACUGUACGGUCUAUAAACAAGAAUGUGUGUCACGACCCUGGUCAGCAGCGCAUCCUGUCAUGAAGUGCCUUUGCUUUUGAAUGUGUUAGUAAAGCUUCUUUAAUGUUGGUGGGAUCACUUCUCUAAAAAUCAUGAGAAACUGUACAGAAUUUCAUAAGAGCCCAUAAUGUUGCUGAAAGAGUGGUGACAUUGUCUCAGAGCUGGUCUAUCUUAUAAACAGCCUAUGAGGGUUGUGCCUGUGACUGAGUGUGGGUUUUCCACGGUUUGGGGGGCUCCUAUGAAAGGAGGAGCUUGCUGCCCUAUAAAGAUUCCCAGAGCAGCUGGAACAAAACAGGAUCUCUGCAGUCAGGAUUUUGCCUCACCUUUGUUAGUCGGCUGUAGACGUCUUUCCACCUUUUGCAAUAUGCGGAUACGAAUACCAAACUUAUGGAACAUCACAGGCCGUCGUCCAUCGGAUGUGAACAGUACCCCUGAUGUGGAUGGUACCCCUGAUGUGGACGGUACCCUUGAUGUGGACGGUACCCCUGGUGUGGAUGGUACCCCUGGUGUGAACGGUACCCCUGGUGUUACUGAUGGCCUGCAGGCACCCAGUGAGGAGCAGCCUAACAGUGUGCCUCUCACGUUUGUCGAAAACCUUGAAAAGUUCCGUGUGUAUGAGGCCAGCAAGCUGCUGAUUGAGAGAGAGGAGAGUCUGUUCGGGGAGAUGAGUGAAACAGAGACAUCUGAAGAUCACCAGGAAGAAGUGGCCAAUCUUCAUGCAGACUACACAAAGCUUCUAGAACGUGUACAGUACAUUCUAAAGGGCAGCAUGUCUGUCGGCCUCCGAGAUGUCAGCGUUGAGAACUUGAGCUCUGCUGUAAAGGCCGUCUGUCAGGAGGAAGAGCGGUACCAAGCGUGGAAAGAGAAGAACCGAACCCCACCCACAUGGAGGCGACGCAGCUGGAAGGAGAUUCACGACUCACUGCUCCUUGACUUGACAACGGAGCGUUUGGUGGUCCUUCCAACAACCCCUCCCGAUAUGAAGGAGUCUCUCCAGAAAGAGGUCAACCACAUGGGCAAGCAGCUGAAGGAGGACUUGUUUUGGGUGGUGGAUGUAGUGAAGUUGUAUUACCCACCGCACAUGGACAUCUGUAAUUCAUACGCCAGAAUGUACCACCAAGUCCUCAGCAACAAAGUCAAAGGGAUCUCAGAUAUCAUUCUAGUGGACGAGGAUGUUCGAUUUCUCCUGCUCUGGGUGAAUGAUUUCUAUCCAGGAAUGCUCCAAAAGCCAGAACUGACCGCUGAGAUCGAUACUGAAGCCUUGGGAAAGCUGCUGUCCCAAAAGGAUCUGGAACCUCUAGAGGAACAGUACCUGAGCAAACAGCAGAGUGAGCUGAUGACAUACAUCAGUCGUGUCCUGGAGGAAGAGGAACAAAGGUGGAAGGACGAAGAGGAGCCUCAAAAAGAAGACGGCUACUACGUCAGCCCUGUGGCCUACGACAUCAUUCAGUUGAUCAACGGCAUGGUGACCUCAACUGAGACAGUGGUGGGAGACCGACAUAAGGCCCAGAGCAUAACAUGCGAACUGAGCAGUUUAAUGGAGAGGUUCAAAGUUUUCCACAGCAGCAUCAUCAGAAAAAACAAGGCCAACAGCAGUGCGUACAUCAAGGCGAACCUCGGCUGCAUCGAGCAGUUCAGGGACGUACUCGAAAACAACGGGCACCUGUUCACAGAGGACGAGCGAGGAAAGUGCUUGGGCAUUGUUGCUGAAAUGAAGCAGUCUGCCCACGCGUACCUUUUAAGCCCCGUACACGACAGUCUCAAGUCACACUACCGUAAGCUGGGAACCAAAGACUGGCUGAAGAAGUCUGUGUUUGAGAAGCUGCUGGAAAAUAUUGAAACGAAGAUGCAGGAUCUCCAGGGUUUAACGACACCCUGCCACCAGGAGCUGAUUGGCCAGUUUCAUCGGGAAGUGGCAGUAAAAUAUUUGAGUAGACUCCUCAAAGGGGAAGUCAAAUUAAAGAAUCAGGAACAGCAGGAGGAGGCCUACACGGUGGUGAAGGACAACGCUGAGACUCUACACAAACUCUUCAGCACAAUGGGAUCAAGGGAAGAGUGGUUGAAGGACGUCCUGACCAAGAUUGCAGAGGUGUUGAAACUCCAAGACCUGCCAGCCAUACAGAUACAUGUGGCUACACUGGGGAGCUGCUUUCCAGACAUAAGUGUGAAACACGUUUCAGCCCUGCUCAAGCUCAAGACCAACGUGAGCAAAGCCGACAGGAAAACAGUCAAGGAGACUUUGUCUGACAUUUUGAACGAGCCCCACACGGACAAUGCUCCAGCGUUUUUCUCCCAGGUUCAGGUCAAGUGAGAGUGUAUCAGUCUCACACUCAUAAGCUGGGUACUAUGAAGUUUACUGUUAGUAAGGUGUUUGUGUUUUACUAUCACUGUGUGUGUACUGUAGCUGAUGUGUGGGCAAUGAUUAAUAGCUCUGGAAAGCUUGGAAAUGCUACUGUGAUGUUGGGGAGAAUGUGUGUGUGCAGACUGUAGUCACUGUGUUGAUUCACAUCUGUAAAUGCUGAACAGUACGUUUUGAUGCCAAUUGUAUGUGUGUGUGUGUGUGUGUGUGUGUGUGCGUGCGUGCGUGCAUGUUUUAGCGAAUAAUUGCCUAAUCAGUAUUCAGGGUUUGUACAGUGUAUUUUUAUUUUUUGAGAUGUACAGGACAGAAUUUAUAAAUAAGUUACAUUUUUUAAUAAAAGAUUUUUAAAAAAAUAUG